AUGCUUUCUGCCAUGAUGAUGACGGACUGCAUCUCUGAAACUACAGCUGCCUUCCUCCUGUGUCUUUACAUCCAAACACAAGAUAAAUCUGUGUCUCACCCUCUUUGCCAAAAGUCCUAUGGGAUUAGGACCCCAGCUUACAGCCUCAGGACCUCAACUCUCCAUGGCUAUCUCUGUUGCCCUAAGACAGACAUUGAAGAUAGGACUUUAAUGUGGAUGAGUGUCAGGAGUGCCAAGAACCUGUACACAGUAGACAUAAGUGAUUCUGGAAUGGAAAUAAGUUCUGUCUGGACCCUCUCAAGUGUGAUGGAUGAAUUCAUUGUGAACGUGAUUCAGAACAACCUAGGAAACAAUUCUUGGGCAGUGUAUGGCUCAGUGGCGCUGGAUGUCCCCCUCCCGCUGUGCCAGAGCUUUCUUCCUGGCCCACUUUGCAACCUCAGCCUCCACAUCCACUUCCGUUUCUUCGCCACGAUCGCUACUCGGCUCCUGGCAAGGAGAUCCUCCUGUUUGCAAGAAUUUGACUGUUUCAGAAACUUGAUUCUGGUUCGCCACCUGACAAUUUCUCCUGAAGCCCUGGGGAGUUGGAGUCCGUGUGUUCGGGAGGAGGGAAAGAAAAACAAAAAACAAAAAACAAACAAAAACAGAAACCAUUUUCUGAGCCAGUUCUCUAGAAAACGGCCCCGCAUAGAACUUCCAAGGGUGAAACCUGGUAGAGACAAGCCUGGAGCUAUGCCUCUUGACUUAGAAAUGGACCUGAAAUCCAACAUGGAAGAAAGUGACUGGUUCCUGAGGAAGUUGGGCGGAAGGGCUGCUGACACGGGUCAAAACUUGAACAGCUAUGGAUUAACAGCAGUGGAUGUGAAGGAAACUGACUUGGAAGAGCUGGACGUUUCCUGGAACGAUUUUGCCAGCGGGACCCUCCACUUGCUCACUCAGCAAAUGCAUCUUGUCGGCAAGUUAAAAGUCCUAAGGCUGAGUAGCUGCAGACUCACCGCGGAGGACGUUCAGACACUGGGAGGUGCUCUUGAAAUGAUACCUGAACUCGAAGAGUUAAGUUUGUCCUGGAACAGCCAGGUGGGAGGAAAGUUGCCUCGGGUUCUCCACACAUUCCAACAAGGGAGCAAGAUCCGAACACUUGAACUUGUGGACUGUGCCCUCACGUCACAGGACGGAGUGUUUGUGGGUCACUUGCUACCUAAGCUGCAGAGCCUCGAAGUAUUUGACCUUUCCAGCAACAGAAAUAUUGGCAGCUGUCUAGACGUCAUAGCACAAGGAUUACGAAGUACGUCAGGCCUGAAGGUACUGAAGUUGGGUUCCUGUGGAUUACCCCAAAAGAGCGUCAGAAUACUGGAUGCUGCCUUUGCCUCCUUGGAGGUGCUGAGGAUACUGGACCUCUCCUGCAACAAGGAACUGGGCGGAGGCUUUGAGGAUGUGCCUGCUCAGCUGGCUUUACUGAAACACCUGCAGGUCCUGGACCUUCACCAGUGCUCGCUGACAGCAGGAGAUGUGACGUCACUGACUCAGAUCAUCCCUUUACUCUCCAACCUGGAAGAACUGGACUUGUCAUCUAACAGAGACCUGGGCGGCUCCUCGGAGAACCUACUCUGCAGGCUCCGGUUUUUACCAGCACUGAAGUCCUUGCUGAUUAACAGUUGUGCUUUACAAAGUGAGACUUUCGCAGCCCUUGCGGAAGCCUCUGUGUAUCUCCCAGCCCUGGAGAUACUCAACCUUUCCUGGAAUAAGUGUGUUGGUGGGAACCUGGAGCUGCUUCAACAAACACUACAUUCAUCAAGGUUGCUUCGAGUGCUACGUCUGAGCAGCUGCUCCCUGGUGACAGAGGAUGUGGUUCUCCUGGUCUCUGUCAUACAGACAGGUCAUUUAGCGAUGCUACAGAAGCUUGACCUGAGCUACAAUGACGGCAUCUGUGAUGCAGGAUGGACCAUCUUCUGCCAAAACCUCUGCUUUCUUAAAGAGCUAACUGAACUAGACAUUAGCCUUCGACCCUCAAGCUCCCAAGAUUGUGGGCAAUGGUUUAGCUACUUACUAUGUGCUGUGACCCAACUUCCUGUGAUCACUGUGAUAGAGAUGAGAAGAUGGGUCAUCCCAGCCCCCCAGGAAAGAGAAGUAGACUGCUUCACCCAGGACCACAGAAGGGACAUUCGAUUUGACCAUGGUGGGUUUCAGUGCACUGCUUUGUAAACAAUGGACAGCUCCCCAAAGGAGAACACUGUGAAUGAAUCCUGCCACCAGCUGUGCUCAGCCUGUAGUUGUUUAGUAGCUUUUGUGUUGUAAGAUUUUUGUAAUUUUAUGUAUAUAACAGUGGUUAUCAACCAAGGCUCAUGGUCCCUUUGAGGGUCAAAUGACCCUUUCAGAGGGGUCACACAUCACACCUCCUGCAUAUCAGAUAUCUACAUUAUGAUUCACAACAGUAGCAGAACUAUAGCUAUGAAGUAGCAACAAAAUAAUUUACAGUUGAGGUGGUCGUCACAACAUGAGGAACCUGUGUUAAAGGGUCUCAUUAGGAAAUUUGAAAACCACUGGCAUAUAAUAACCAAAUAGGGAGCUGGAAAGAUAGCUCAGUUUAGAAAGUGCUUGCCAUCUAAGCAUGAGAACCUGAAUCUGGUCUAAGUAGCACAUAUAAAAAGCAAGGAGUGAUGGUGUGCUUUUAAUCACAGUGCUGUAGAGGCAGACACAGGCAGAUCCCUGAGGCUCCCCAGUUAGCUCCUCUGUCAGUAGCUGAGUUCCAGGCCUAGUGAGAGACCACACCUCAAAAACCAGCUGGACAGUGCUCUAGAGGAACAAUACCAGAAGUUGCUAUCUGCUUUAGACACACACACACACACACACACACACACACACACACACACACACA